GAUCCGUCGGUUUAGCAUCUUUCUCUCCUCCUUUUAAUUAUAAUUCAUCCUCAAGGUAACAUCGAUUUCUAUGAGAUUCUGAUCUGAUUAGCCAUGGACAAAGGCAUAGGUCUUUACCCACUUCAUCAUUGCAAAACUAUUCACCUGGUGAGACAUGCGCAGGGGAUUCAUAAUGUGGCUGGAGAAAAAGACCAUAGUGCUUACUCUUCUGAGAACUAUUUUGAUGCUCAUCUGACCCCUCUUGGUUGGCAACAGGUGGAUAAUCUACGGAACCAUGUUUUAGAAACUCAACUUUUAAACAAGAUUGAACUUGUCAUUGUUUCCCCUUUGCUUCGAACGAUUCAAACAGCUGUUGGUGCUUUUGGAGGCGAAGAAGAUACUAAUGGAGCGGAUGCAACACCGCUAAUGAUAGUCAACGCUGGGAGCAGUCACCGUCCUGCGAUUUCAAGCUUAAAUAGCCCACCUUUUCUAGCUGUUGAGCUAUGCAGAGAAACUAUGGGUGAUCAUCCUUGUGAUAGGCGAAGAAGUGUCACAGAGUACAAGGCUUUGUUUCCUGCAAUCGAUUUCUCAACUAUUGAAAGCGACAAGGAUGUUUUGUGGAAGCCGAGUCCAAGAGAGAGCCUGAAAGAAGUUGCAGCUAGAGGUAUAGAGUUCAUCAACUGGCUAUGGACGAGGAAAGAAACGGAGAUUGCAAUUGUAUCUCACAGUGGCUUCUUGCAUGGUGUCUUGAGCUCUUUCGGAAAGGAUUGUAUCGAUGAAAUAAAGGAAGAAUUGUCUAUACACUUCAACAAUUGCGAGCUUCGUUCAAUGGUUAUCGUGGAUCAAGGGAAGACAGGGACUGAUUUUGCAGAGGCCACAAACUAUCCUGGGAAGAUUCCUCAAGGACUUGAUCUUGCAAGCGGCUAAUGGCUCCAUUGGACUAGAAAAUGGCAGUUUUUAUUGAUGAACGGAAGUGAGAUUUUAGUAUUUAUAUCAGCUACUACGUUAAUUUACUGAUUAAUAUUAUUGUUCUGUCUGAAAAGAAAGACAUCUCAUCUCAAAUCAAUUUUUAUAUUA